AUGGAAUCCCUCAAGGCAGUGUUCUUUGGGCCGGACCCUCAGGCUCAGGUACUGGAUUUGACCUCUGGAGUAACCGGCCAUUCACAGAUGAGGAAAUGUAACGCCCUCAUUCGUCAAAACACGCGACAACUCGAUCGUGAUCUCAAUCAACUCAAAACAUUGGAUAGCAAAACACGUCAAUAUAUCAUCAAUGCCUCCCGCCGCGCGCAACGCAACCCGUCGCAAGCCAAACAAGCGCUGAAUGAGACCAAGACAUUUGCCCGAGAACUCGUGCGCAUUCGCAAGCAAACGAAUCGCUUGUCGACAAGUCGAGCGCAGCUUCAGAGUGUGGGAAUGCAAGUCAACGAGGCCUUUCAGGUACGAAAGAUCCAAGGCAGCCUCCAGAAGUCCACUGCGAUCAUGAAGGACGUGAAUACUUUGGUUCGCAUGCCCGAACUUACGUCUACAAUGCAUCAACUUUCCACGGAACUUGUCAAAGCUGGGAUUAUUGAGGAAUAUGUGGAUGAGGCACUGCCUGAUGAUUCGCUGAUGGAGGACGAGCUUGAUGAGGCGGAAGAGGAGGUGGACAAGAUUUUACAGGAGGUGCUGCAGGGGAAGCUUUCGCAAGCGCCUGCAAACCCUGUUACACAACCUGUAGAAGAGAUCCCUGUGGCCGCCGAACCCGAGGAAGAAUUCGAGGACCAGGAAGCCACUCUAUCACAAAUGCGGGAUCGACUCGAAGCCCUGAAAAGCUAG